GUGUGUGUGUGUGUAUCAGCCCGUGGGUCUGGUAGUUGCUUGCUGCUGCUGCUGCUUGUGCCUGCGAUUCGCCACGCCGGGUUUUUGCAUUUCACUUCGUUUCCAUUUGCCGUUGUUAUUGUUUUAUAUUGUGAUCAUAAUAUUAUAAUACAUAACAGGUGUACCAGUAUAUCAUAAAUAACCGUCGGUUGAUUUUUGAUUUGGUUUGUUUUAUUUUUAUUAUUUUUAUUUUUGUUUAUCCUCCCGUUGUUCACGCCUUCGUUUCGAGUUCAAAACUCAGAGGACACGCGCAACGCUUACGUGCGUGUUUAUAAAUUAGUGUAUCUCACUCGAUGAAACGAUUAUUCAAAAAUAAUGACAUUUUAUAAAUACGAGAAUAGUACGCUUAACACGUUGUCCGACAAGUAAAUAAACACUACCUAGGUUGAAACUUAUCUUCACAGAAGAAAAAUACCUAUACAAUUUAUACCGGUUUGGUACAACCACUGAUGAUCGAAGUUCACGUGACAAUCGCGACGGAUGACCGACUCCUGUCAGAGUGUGUGAUAAGCUUUGCCAACAUUCCGUCGUUCAAAUCAGUCCAACAGGUUUCCGGUAUUCAAUCAAUUUUGUACUGAACAAAAUAGCACAAGAGUAAAUAUUUUCUUCUUGCUGAACACCCAAGUCUCAAAUAUUUCAAUUGAAUUAGAACCAUAUUCAUGUUUACUGAAAGUACCUAUCAUUAUCAACACUUAAAUCAUAAACAGCAAAGAGAUAAAAAUAAAAAAUGAAUAAAUAUCUGUUUGGGGUUGAGGUGUUGGUGUCGACGGUUGGUGUGAGGAGUAAUAGCAGCCGGCACGUGGUAUCGCCGCUGCACGCCGCGGGCCGGUCUGGUGGAGCGCCGUGCGACGGCACCGCCCGCCGUGGAUUCGUUGUAUGAAAGUGUCGAGCAGCAGCGGCAGAGUUUGUGGAGGAGGAGGCGGAGGCGGUGUUUGCGGCAACGGCGACGGAGACGGCAACGACGCUGGAAGCCGCGGUGACGUCGGUGGCGGUGGCGGCGGUGCGCCCAACAACAACAACAACAACAACAACAACAACAGCAGCAGCAGCAGCAGCACCAGCACCAGCACCAGUACCAGCACCAGCAGCCCUCCGUGCAGUGAGGGUGGUGGCGGCGGCGGCGGCGGUAGCGGCCUGGUAGCUGGCGUGCUGGUCAGCGAUCAGGGCGAAGUGAUCAGCGACCGGUAUGUGGGCGUGGCAAGGCAAUUCGCGUCGCGUCAAGCGUCCGAGCGUGGCUCGAAUAAGGCCGACCAAAGCGACGGUAGUGACGACGAGACCACGCUCAGGCAAAUGCUUGUGAGCUCAUACAUGGUGGAUGGUUUGCGCAGCUUGCAACACCAGGUGACGGACAUGAGCGCCAACCUGACGACGCGGCUGGACGAGCUGCAGUCGCGUGGCGUGUCACCGAGCCCGGCCGCCGCCUACUACGGCACCGAGCACCGUGGCCAUGUGGAAACCAGUGUAGCGCUGUCCGAGAUCCGGACACAGCUGCACGAGCUCACCAGGUCACUGGAAUCGUGCCAAUCGGAGGUGACCGAGGUGAAGCGCGACAUGGUGGCCAUCAAAAACGAACUGGAUACGGUGCAACAGGUCAAGGAGGAGAUCGAAGAGCUCAGGGAGUACGUGGACCGUCUGGAGUUGCAGUCGCACCGGAGGAAACUCAGGCUGCUCGAACAGGGGCUUACGUUCUUUUUAUCCUAUACAAUUUUGGCGUCGAUGCUGGGCAUGCUUCAGUUCGGUUACAAUACUGGAGUGAUUAAUGCACCCGAAGGGAACAUAGAGAAGUUCAUCAAAGAUGUAUUUGAAGAUCGGUAUAAAAAAAAUAUGGAUCACGCGCAAGCUGAGUUACUUUACUCGUUUGCCGUAUCCAUUUUCGCCAUUGGCGGCAUGCUAGGUGGCUUCAGUGGCGGAAUCAUUGCCAACCGUUUCGGCAGAAAAGGAGGUUUACUGCUUAAUAGUUUUGUUGGCAUUGGUGGCGCUUGCUUAAUGGGUCUCACCAAGUACUUCAAUUCCUAUGAAGUACUAUUUAUUGGCCGAUUCAUUAUAGGAGUCAAUUGUGGUUUGAAUACAUCGCUAGUGCCAAUGUAUAUAUCAGAAAUAGCGCCGCUCAACCUACGAGGUGGCCUCGGCACUGUCAAUCAGUUAGCCGUAACCACUGGACUGCUCAUAUCCCAGAUAUUGGGUAUAGAACAAAUUUUGGGUACAGACGAAGGCUGGCCUUUAUUAUUAGGAUUAGCUAUAUGCCCUGCCAUAUUACAAUUAAUUUUACUACCUGUAUGUCCUGAAUCGCCAAGGUAUCUGUUGAUAACCAAACAAUGGGAAGAAGAAGCAAGAAAAGCUCUGAGGAGGUUACGUGCAACUAAUCAGAUUGAAGAGGACAUUGAAGAAAUGCGUGCUGAAGAACGUGCUCAACAGUCUGAAGCUACAAUAUCCAUGAUGGAACUAGUAUGUUCACCCACUCUAAGGCAACCACUUAUCAUUAGUGUAGUCAUGCAGUUGUCACAACAGUUAUCCGGCAUAAAUGCUGUAUUUUACUAUUCAACUAGUCUAUUCAUAACUGCUGGUUUAGCCGAGAAUGUAGCUAAAUUUGUGACAAUAGGGAUUGGUGUAAUUAUGGUGAAUAUGACGCUAGUGACUAUGCCAUUGAUGGAUAAAACUGGUAGAAGAACAUUACAUCUGUACGGUCUGGGAGGAAUGUUUAUAUUCUCGAUAUUCAUUACAAUAUCAUUAUUAAUCACGGAAAUGAUCGACUGGAUGUCGUACUUGGCCGUCGUAUCCAUACUUGGUUUUGUUGUAUUCUUCGCCGUUGGUCCAGGCUCCAUACCUUGGAUGAUUACUGCGGAGCUCUUCAGCCAGGGUCCUCGGCCUGCGGCUAUGUCCAUCGCCGUGCUCAUAAAUUGGGUGGCCAACUUCGCCGUCGGCAUAGGCUUCCAACCUCUAAAGACUGCAUUGGAUAAUUAUACAUUCCUACCGUUCAGCGUAUUGUUGGCAAUAUUCUGGAUAUUUACUUAUAAAAAAGUUCCAGAGACCAAAAACAAAACGUUCGAAGAGAUACUAGCUCUAUUUCGGCAAAACGGCAGAGGAAGCGUCUUGGAAUCAAGUCGCUUAUACGGGAGUAUGUUAAACUAUUCAAACGCGUUAGACGAGCAUUUACCGCCCUCCGAAAGGGCAUCAUUAAUGGUGGCUGAGGAGAAACCUUUGCCAGACUCAUCACCAGUACAACACUCUCCGACGGACCCGGAGGUGUGUGCUGUAUGCGUCAACACUGGCAGUUCCCUCAUGAUGACGUCUCCGAACGUAACUCGCCGGUCGAGUCACACGCUCAGUAAUCACGUUUGCCAAAUGGACUAAACCGUUGCAUAUAUAAUAUUAUUAUAUGCAUAUUAUUAUUAUUAUUAUUAUUAUUAUUAUUAUUAUUAUUUUAUAUAAUAAUAAUCUAGAACAAAACGUUGUAUCAACAAAAAAUAUUUAACAAAUAUUUAUAAACAUACAUUAUAAUAAAAAAAAAUAGAGCAUAUAUUAUAUGUAAGGCUUAUUCGUAAGACAAUUUCGAUCUUUUUUUCAUUAUAAUAUUUUAUUGUUGACAUAUAACAGCCAUAAUAUACCUAAUACUUACCUUACAUACGUUAGGAUACCUUCUACAAUCAAGCGAAUUCAAGAAAUGAAACCUAAGAAGUUAAUAUGCUAAGUCCUAUGUACCUAUUCAUAUGAUCUACGAAUAAAACCAACUAUCUAUCAACAUGAUGGUUUUGGUAAUCAAUUUUUAAUAUGACAACCAAUAAACCUAUAAUUAUAGGUACCUUUGAUUAUUAUUAAUGCCAAAUACCAAUUAACGUCUUUCAGUGAUAUUCCACCAUUAUCUAUUGAAUAUUAUUCAUAGAUAACAUAUACCAGUUGAUUCAUUUCACAAAAUACUCUUAUUUAUAACUUUUUAAAUUUUUUUUUUUUAGUUUCGAGACGUUAAAAACGACAUUUUUGAAAAAAUAAUUAUAUUUUUUACUAUUUUUAAUCCUUAACUAUACUAAGUUUUUAAUUUUUUGAAUAAUAACAUACUUGCAAUUUUAAUUCUAUAUUCCAAAGCAACACAUUAUUCGAAGUAUUUCAAUAUAUAAAAAUCAAAUUUCGUAUAAGUAGUUAAUUAGUUAUAACUAAGAUAAGUUGAGUAGUAUACCAACAUUUUGUGGUGUACCCCUGUGCCAUUCCACUUGGUUCAACUAUAUCAACCUACUUAAAAUUCUUAUUAUAAUACAUAAACUAUUUAGAAAAAUAUAUAUUAUAUUCAAAAUUAAAAGUACUCCGAAAAAUAUUCUAAUUGCAAUAAGGGUUUUUAAAGGUAUAUUGUCAUAAUGUCAUUAUAAAAAGUAAAAAAUUUAGAUAUCUCUUUUUUUCAUUAAUAUUGUUUUUCGAUUAUUUAAAUUUAUGUAAAAAUUAUUUUUUAAAUUAGUGUUGCUUGAUAAAGAAUCAUCCGGUAUUAAUAAAUUAUAUACACUUAUUAUAAUAUAUUCCCUGUUUACAUAUUAUAUGAUACUCAAUUAUUUUCAGCCACAAUGCCAUAUACAUAACACAGGAAAUUAUAUUGUCCAGAUAGGUAUUCAAAAAAUGUGCAAAUAAUUUGAAUCAGUUUUAGAGAUUUAUCAACUAAAUUUAACUUAAUAAUAAUUUUUUUUUUAAGCCUAGCUAUAUUAUGACCCAAUUAAAAUUGUACGCUUGUUAUGUACAUUUCAAAUAAGUACACCUAAAGUUAAAAAAUAUCACAAAUUCAGUUUACAAUCAUACAAAAUGAAUCAACAUAAUAAAUAAUUAACGUCUAUUUUAAUGUCACACAAUUUAAAAAAAAAAAUACGUCCGGCUUGAUUUGACGCUCAACUAUCACCUAAUAAUAAAAACAAUAAUAUAGUCUAGUAACACACUAAAUUAGAAUUUAAAUUUAAAAACAAGAUAAGCAAAUGAUUACGUUCGCGGUGUAUAAUCCUUUCGUUGUUUUGAAAUUUCAAAAAAUAUUGUUGCUAUGUACCCAAUACCCAAGUGAUCAAGCAUAUAUCGCCAAAUUUUUUGUACUUUUUUAAAAUACACCUAUAUAAUUUCUUGAUGAUCUUACUUUACUAAAUUGAAAUGACGUUUUAUUAUUUAACACGCAACUCGAACAGUAUUACAUCAUAUGUAAAUUGUAUGCAUGCGUGCGUGGACCAGCCAAGCUAAUGAUUAAUAUUAUAUCAAUAAUAAUUAACCAUACAUUAAUUUAACCUUGUUAAUAUGAUUAUCUAUACGCACACAAGCCGUACACAUCACCAAGUUGUAUAUUAUACAAAUUAUUGUAGGCCUAUUGUUGGUGCUCCAUGACUAUAUAUUAUAUGUUUAUCACAUCAUAAUUAUAAUUGUUAAUACUAUAUUUUUUUUACGAAAAAUCUCUUUUAAAUUUUACAUUCAAAAAUAGGCUCAUAAUUAAAGUAUGAACAUACAGUAGGUUCAUUUUCACACACUUACUUAAUUAUUGUUUAAAUAGUAAAUUAUGUUUUCAUGUUAAGAUAGGUUCUUCAUAUUAUUAUAAUUAAAAUCUUAUAGUGAUACAAGAAACAUAAAUUUAAAUUAAAACAUUCAAUUAAAAAUAAAAUUUAUCAAUACUAAUAAUAUUUAUACUGUGUACCGUAUUUAGUGUAAACGAAUAAGUGUUUUUUGUAAAUAUUGUUAUCGUUUUUAUUGAAUAUUUAUACAUUUUGUUCAUUUGUAUAUAAACUCGAAAUUAAAUAAUUUUUUUGUAAAUUACAAACAAAAUUUUAAACAAAGCUCAUGAUGACUGAGAAACCGUACUAUUAUUAAAUGUUAAGGACAAGGAACUUACAAUGUUUUUCCCAAAACAAACUUCUUAUAAUUUUUUGUUAUUCUCCAGUAUAUUUUGUAUUUUAAAAAAUGCAAAAACAUACAUUAUUAUAUAGUCAAUUUUGCAAUAAUAUUGUUUUAGAAUAAUUUAUUAUGUAUUAGGCCUACAGAAUAAUAUAAUAAUAAUAAUAAUAGCUACAUUUGUCAAACUAAAAAGACUAAGUAGUUAUAUCAAAAACUAAAACCCUCGUUGAUUUUUUUGUAAUU